CUGUUUCUUCUUACAGACUAGUUGUUUACAGCAGCCAGAGUUGUUUAGCAUCUAAAGUUUUAAACAAUAAACAAGAAUUUGGUAAAGAUGUCGAAACCAACAAAAGUGGGUGAUUAUGAAUUAGGAAAUUUAAUCAUAGAAGGGAAGACGAAACAAGUUUACGAUUUACCAUCAUUACCUGGAAAUGUACUCUUAUUAAACAAAGACAGAAUCACAGCUGGAGAUGGUGUUAAAGCUCACGAUUUAGUAGGAAAAUCAGAAAUUUCAAAUCAAACAAAUGGAAAAAUCUUCGAAAUUUUAAAUUCUGUUGGUGUUCAAACAUCAUUUGUUAAAUUAGCAGCGAAAAAUGCGUUUAUUUCAAAAAAAUGUGAAAUGAUUCCAAUUGAAUGUGUUACUAGACGUUUAGCAACGGGUUCGUUUCUAAAAAGAAAUCCUGGAGUUACCGAAGGAUAUCGAUUUUAUCCACCAAAAUUCGAAACGUUCUUUAAGGAUGAUGCUAACCACGAUCCACAAUGGUCCGAUGAACAAAUUAUUUGUGCUAAGUUUACAUUUAAUGGACGCUUAAUUGGAAGGCAAGAACUAGAACAAAUGAAGCGAACAAGUAUUCUUAUUUUCGAAAUCCUUGAAAAAGCCUGGCAAUUAAGAAAUUGUGCUUUAAUCGAUAUGAAAAUUGAAUUUGGAGUAGAUACAGAAGGAAAUUUACUUGUAGCAGAUGUUAUUGAUUCUGAUAGUUGGCGUUUAUGGCCAUCUGGAGAUAAACGUUUAAUGGUUGAUAAACAGGUUUAUAGAAAUCUUACAACUGUAACUCAAUCCGAUUUGGAUACUGUUAAACGAAAUUUCCAAUGGAUUCGUGAUCAAUUAGAUCAUAUUGUUCCAACUGAUAACCAUUUAGUUGUAAUCAUUAUGGGUAGUCCUUCUGAUGAAGGUCAUUGUCGUAAAAUUGCUGACUGUUGUAAGCAGUAUGGUUUGAAUGUUGAUAUUAGAGUUAGUUCAGCACAUAAAGGAACCGACUCAACAAUUGAAAUCGUCAGGUAUUAUGAAUCAUUACCUAAGAAAAUCAUUUUCGUAGCUGUUGCUGGUCGAUCGAAUGGUUUAGGUCCUGUAAUAUCUGGAAACACAUCAUACCCUGUGAUAAACUGUCCUCCAGUUAAACCUGAAAAUGUUAAUUUAGAUAUUUGGUCCAGUUUAAAUGUGCCAUCUGGAUUAGGAUGCAGUACUGUUAUUUACCCAGAGAGUGCAGCUAUUCAAGCUGCACAAAUUGUUGGCCUUGAUAAUUAUUUAAUUUGGGCUCGUUUAAGAGUCAAACAAUUAGUUAAUUUCAUUUCACUUCAAGAUGCCGAUAAGAAAUUGUACAAUUUAACUUUAUAAAACGUACUAGAAAGCUAAUACAUCAUGUGAAGUCUACAAGGCCCUUCUAGAUAUAUUGCUCCGUAAAUAUACCCCUUGUAAAAAUAGCUAAAUAGAUAAUUGAAUACUUUUCUUUCAAUUUUCAAGAAUCGGGUUGGUUUAAUAACGGAAAGCAUAUACAAAAAUUUUAAAAUAAAAUGGUUUUACUACGUAGGUAUACCUUACGUCUUUUAAGAAUAUUUUGUGCUGAACGGAUGAUUUUGUGAGGGCUAUGCAGAUGUUUGAUUUUUUGAACAUAUAUUUUUA